CUUUCGACAGAUUAAUUAUAAAAGUCAUGGUGAGUAGAAUACCAAAGCGGGAAGUAUGGAAUUUGCUUCAAAAAUAUUAUAAUAUAAUACCCAGUUCUGUAAGCAAAAUGGCAGGUUAUUCAAACAUCAAUUACAAGGUAACAGCAAAUGACUGUAUCAGUCCAAUAACCGAUUGCAAAACUGCAUCAGAAAAUUUCCUGCUAAAAUUCGCUGAUGUUUCACACGUAUUUUACUUAGAUAACAUCGACAUGCAACAUGAAAUGUUGAAACACCUGCAUUUACACGGAAUUAACGCAUCUUUACCGGUAGAAUCCACACAUGGCGAAACAAUGAUAGAUUAUUCUUUCGGUGGGAAACAGUACUCCGUACAAUUGUUGUCUUUCGUUAAUGGCGUGUCGAUGAAUGAAGCUGAUACGAGUCAAGAAGAAGUGAUCGACAUUGCUUACGAUAUGGGACAGUUAUGCGGAAGAUUUCAUCAUACCAUGAAGACAUUUAACUACGAUUUAGAAACAGCAUCUGGGAUCCAUUCGCCAUUCCAUACGGAAAAUGCUGCCAUGUUCGAGGAAAAGCUCGCAUACGUCGGGGAUAGAUCCUUGAGAAAUCAACUCAUAAACUACAUGAAUCUUUUUAAAGAAAAUUUUUUGCCACGAUUAUCGGAAUUAAGAAAAGGUUUUAUUCACGGAGAUAUGAGUGACACCAACAUCAUUUUGAAAGAUAAUUCUCAAAAAGGUGGACAGAGAAGAAAGAGAUGGGAAAUUGGCGGUCUUAUAGAUCUGGAAGAAUGUGCUUACACGUACUUAGUUGGUGAAGUAGGAAUAUGUGCUGCUUAUUCUAUGCUCAAAGCGGCAUCCGUUGGAGCUGACCCGGUAGAAGCAUCUCUACAUAUGAUACAAGGGUACCAGUUGAUGCACGAUUUGUCUGCACGAGAAAAAGAAGUUUUGUUCUACGCUGUUUUAAGUAGGCUUGCCGUGUCGUAUGUAUCUGCGUGCUACGAGUGUUUUCUAACACCAGAAAAUUCGACAUAUCUUUUUACGCAAGCAAAAAAUGUACCGGUGGUUUUGGAAGCGCUGGAAGAGUGUGGAAAAAAUGAAAUCGAGAAAAUUUGGUUCGGUAGAAGGUACAAAUGGCUACGACAACAUAAUAGUUGGCGAAAUAAAGCCCCUCCAAAAGAGUAGAGGAACAAUCGCUGGUCGCAUUUGAUUCCAAAUCUAAGCAUCAGCGUUGCUGUUUGUAUAAGUAAUUCCUAUUGGCGUUGAGUUGCACUGUAGAAAUUGCAACAAGUAACAUUUCAGUCCCAUGUUGGGACUCUUCUAUAUAUAUAUUACAUUUUGUACAAAGGGCCGUUUUAUUGAAUUUAUUUCAAACCAAUAUUAUUGCUUCCAUCUUUUACGUUUUCAAACGACAAAUUUCCUAUGUCACCUUAUUUUUUGAUCGUGAAUAUUUUUAAAUUGUUUCUGUAAAUAUUUCCGAAUACCUAUGCUGCAUUUGGAAGCUGUUUCUGAAACCAUUAUGCAUGUCUUGUUAUUUUCAUUUCAACGCUGUACGGUUUUGUUUUAUGCGACUACUGUUAAGACUUGAUCCUUUUAAUACUAUUUUAUCAAUUUUCUAUAUAAUAUACGAAGCGCGUGAACCAGGUUUAA